AUGCCCCCACCUCAUGCCCCACCACAUAUCAGGCUGAUCUUCUCCCUCCCCCAGGGCCAUGCGCGCAGCCAGUCUGGGUGUCUUGCAACGGCCCGCCCGUUGGUGGGCAGCGGUGGGGCUGGGCACCGACGUGCCCACUCCUCCAGCGGGCAUCCCCACCAGGGCAUCCUGGCCAUGCCUGGGCACGCCCGUCGCCCCAGCGCUCAAUACCAGGUCACUUUCCGCGAUCCUUCCUACGACGGAUCUCGCCUCGGCGCUGCGACCGACGAUCCUUCGCAGCUGGAAGCUUUGUUGCCGCAGCGCGACUGUGCGGCGCCUGCACGUCCUGCGCAGGGUCCUAUUCCUACGCAGGGUCCUAUUCCUGCGCCAUGUCCUAUUCCUGCGCCAUGUCCUAUUCCUGCGCCAUGUCCUAUUCCUGCGCAUGGUCCUAUUCCUGCGCCAUGUCCUAUUCCUGUGCAGGGUCCUAUUCCUGCGCAUGGUCCUAUUCCUGCGCAUGGUCCCAUUCCAGCGCAGGGUCUUGUCCAUCCUGUUCCCGUAGAUGCGGCCGUCAGUUUGAACCCUGCCGUCGCUCUGGGGUUUAUGGACCAAGAGAGGCAUCUUGACCCUGCUCGUGAAGGCGGCAAUGUAGGGGCACGCGAUCGAAGUUAGCAAGGGUCACUUGCUGGGCAUGAACCCAUGAGGAGAAGAGUUAAGACCCCCAAGAGCCACACUUUAAUAUUGGAUUUUAACUUCAAUUUGACCAGCCACUGAUUGGUGACCAGCAACUGAUUGGUGACCAGCAACUGAUUGGUGACCAGCAACUGAUUGGUGACCUGCAAACCAGGGUUUAGCGUGAGGGUUUUCUGAGGGUUUAGCUCUAUUGCUCGCAUCUCCAAGGGCGUAUGUCCAUGUUCAGGUUUUCUGAAUCUCGUGACAUAUUUGAACGUGGUUAAGUAUUUGUUUUGUUGCUGUAAUCUGUACGGAGUUAAACUCCCUCUUCAAUAAUAUUAGAAUAAUUCCGUAAGUUGAACGGAGCUGUGUUGUGACAGCGGCCGUUGUUGAUUGUGCAUUGCUCGCUGUCUCAGAUACUGGGAACCUCCUGGUGUUAUUCCAUUGAUAUUGAAAGAUUGUUCUUCUUAGUUCUCUGAGUGGUAGCUCUAGACGUCCCAUUAUAUUUAUUGAUAAUUAAUGACUUGUGCUAGUGAGGCGGCUCUUUCUUGCUUCACUUCACUUUUUAAGCUGAAUGCUUCACGUUAACGAGCUUCUAAAUGCGUUUAGAGUAAUAUUGUGUUGAUUUAUCUUCUAUACUCACCAAGGGAGAUAUCUCAGUAUAUUUUAAUGUGUAGCAAAAGCGCUGCAGAAUAGUUAGAGCGAGACGCAAUCUCGUAGCCGAGUCUCGCGAUGUCAUUACACCUUGGUGCAAUGUUUUAGAUCUGCAAUAUUUGAUUACAUGCCGUGCAAUGUUCCAACUCUGCAAUAUUAAUUACCUCGACUAAAAUAUCUAAGUCUUAUUAACUAUUUAUGUCAUGCAUUUUGUGAAGCGGUUACUGUCUCUGAUUUUAAAAUUCUUGUUUGUACUGGGCCUAAUUUAAGGUUAUUUCCGCAAGUGAGAAAUUGGUUUAUUAUUUGUAUGGAUGAAAGUGUUUGUUUCUACCAUCACGAGGCUCGGUCGUGUGGAUGUAUGUUCAUCAACACGACCUGCAUUAUUGACUUCGUAAUUCCUUCCUUACUAUUGUUAUUGUCUUCCACUUUAUUGUUUUUCAUAUGUGCCACUUAUUACUACAUUGGUAUCACUUCUUUUCUUCACGUUGUGUUUUGUCUUCAUUAGUGGUUUUCUUUAGUCGUUAUGAUUUUGUUCGUGUGAAUCCUUGGUUUCUCUUCCUUACUAUCGUCGACUGGUCCUAAUGCUAUUGAUAUUUAUUGUAUUGCUAUUGUGUGUAUUGCUUCGUGAUCAAUAUUUAUGUGAUGCUUAAUUUAUGGACCGUAACAUAGAGCGCCAGUCUGGGCAACUCGACUACCUAACUACUUCCUUUUAUUGCUCCAUUCUUUAAUAUUUCCUGGCCCCAAUCAUGGGAAUAAGAUAGGGGCCAUAUAAACCUAACCCGUUCAUAUUCCCUGUCUCCAAGCCUUGACCAGAUCCUUCAGUUGCUAUUAGCCUUUGACCAUUUGCCUUCACUCGACUCGAAGUCUUAGGCUACUAGCCUCCCAUUAAACUUUGCCCGCUGUU